AUGCCUCUCACAGUCGAAGUCAAGACCCGUGGCGUCGGCCCAACCGCAUCUCCCAAACUGACACCCCCGCGGACAUCUCUUCUGCGCAACACCCCCUCCAUAGAAUCCAUCUCGUCGUCGUCCGAACCCACGCCCGAACCGAACACCGUCUCCCCACCGCCGAAACCAGAAAACCCGCCAAUACAGCGGACCCCAUCAUCAUCCCAGGAGGAAUCUGAACCAGACCAGACCAUUCCUCCUCCAGCCAAAACCGACGUCACCGCCGACGCCGACCCCCCCUCCUUCAUCCUCUCCCCCAAAGCCGCCCUGUCCACGUGCAACGACGCCUCGCGCUUCACCACCUUCACCCACAUCACCCCCAUGCAAGUGAAAAACGUCCCCGUCGUCCCCAGCACCCCCAACACCGGCUACGUCGAACUGACCGCCACCGCCAUCGGCACCGUGAAGUUGCCCAUCGGCGGCCCCGGCCGCCGGCUGACGCUGCCGAAUGUGCUGUUCGUGCCGCUCAGCCCCGUUAGUGUCAUUGCGGGCGAGUCGUUGUGGGGCGAGAAGGCGGGAGUGUGGCCUGGUGGGCGGUUAGUGCGGGGAGGGAAGGGCGGGGGAGAGGGUGGAGGGGGUGGGGGCGUUGUGGUGGAUAGGGAGGGGAAGAAGAGGGCUUGGUUUAGGGUUGUGGAUGGGAUGUAA